AGUCGCUUAGUCGAUCCAAACCAACCGAGUCUAUUCAACAAUGGCCUUCAAGUUUGUAGCCUUCGCUGCCCUCGUGGCCGCCGCUAACGCCGGUUUGAUUCCAGCCUCCCCUGUGGCUUAUGCUACAGCUCCAGUAGCUGCAGUAGCUCCAGUAGCUAAAGCUGUAGUAGCUAAAGCCGUCGAUGCCGAUUACGAUCCGCAUCCCCAAUACAGCUACGCUUACGACGUGCACGACAGCCUGACCGGCGAUGCUAAGAGCCAACAGGAGACUCGUGAUGGCGAUGUCGUUCAGGGUAGCUAUUCUCUUCUGGAAUCUGAUGGCACAAGACGUACUGUUGACUACACCGCCGACCCUGUAAAUGGAUUCAACGCCGUUGUACGCAAAGAACCAGCUACCGUCGCUGUGAAAGCCGUAGCUGCUGCCCCAGUAGCUCACGUUGCAACCCCAGUCGCUCACGCAGCUCCUCUGGCCUAUGCCGCACCAGUAGCUAAGAUUGCUGCCGCCCCAGUCGCUCACGCUGCUCCCUUCGCCUAUGCCGCAGCUCCAGCAUACGCUGCUGCUCCAGCAUACGCCGCAGCUCCUGCAUACGCUGCAGCUCCAGCAUACGCCAAGUUAGCUGCUGCCCCAGCUCUCAGUUACGCCGCAGCUCCAGCUUAUGCUAAGUUCGCCGCUGCCCCAGCCGUUACUUACGCCGCCCAUGCCACACCCAUCGCCUAUGCCGCUCAUCCUGCUCCCCUUGCCAAGUUCGCAGCUGCACCAGCCGUCUCCUAUGCCGCCCCAGCCGUCUCCUACGCCGCACCAGCUCUUUACCAUUAAGUCCACUCUUGCCUCAACGCACUACGUUGUUGUCGACUAAGGCCGAAUCUUAUUUAUUUUUCUUAGCAGACUACAUGUGACUGAUUAAAUUGAGUUACUAAACUAA